AUGGCUGUUUCAAGCAGCUACAUCAAAAAAUUUCUGAUAUUUGAUGAUCCGUCCUUAUGGAAAUACUUACCACUGUUUUUCUUUGGUGUUGCACUUGGAGGCUCAUUACUGAAAGAACUGGAUGUUGUGCCGGUAACAUACUUCAGCCACAGCAGAAAUCUAAUCAACUUAUAUUUUGUAAAGAUUUCCUGGGGCUGGACCUUGGCCCUUUUGCUGCCCUUUAUAUUUCUGUCCAACUCCUAUGGCAAAAACCUCAUUUAUGUUUUUAAACGCCUUACAUCUCUUGUUGUGGCCACAGCCAUUUGGUACUUGUGCACAGAGACCUUUUUUUACAUUGAGAAUAUCACAGGAGCAUGCUACGACUCUGACAACAUGGAGAUUAUGAAAUUCAGCACAAAGGGAGAGUGCAAAAAGGCAGGUUUCACAUGGGAUGGGUUUGAUAUAUCGGGCCACUGCUUCAUAUUGUCCUACUCCACGCUUCUGAUUGUGGAAGAGAUUGCUCCAAUGAAACACCUCAGGCAACAAUAUCAUAACAGACCUGUAUUCAUUGAUGCUCUAUACUUUGCACUCAAUUUCAUCGUCUUCCUCUGGAUGUGGAUGUUCGGUUGCACCUCUGUGUACUUUCACAACACAAUUCAGAAGUUUCUUGGCACCUUCUUUGGCAUCUUGGGCUGGUCUUUGACUUAUAAGUUUUGGUACAUAAACCCUUUGUCACCAGGGCUUCCUCCUCAUCAUAUUGAACAUAAACAACAAGACUAGACUGAAGAAAUUAGUUAAAUUAACUUAAAUGGGAACAAACCAACAUGUAUAAAGUUAUAUCACUAAGCCUUCGACCAGAGUUAUUUGCAGAUCCCCUACAUGUAUUGUCUGCCCCUUUUAAAGGUCAUUUGUGAUCAAGGGAUUUGUGUGCUUGUUGCUUGUUCCUGAACAAUAAUAGGCAGCUUCUAUUCCAGACUGAUUCUGUAAUCGGAAAGAAAUGCACGUCUCGAAUGGCUAAAGCAUCUAUUACUAAUUGUUGCCUUCAAACCCAGAGCUUCAGACAGAGUUGAAAUUCAGGUGCCACUUUACAUAUGUUUGCAUACAAGUGUGCUGAGCUUGUGUCCCAAGUGUUGCAAUGUCUAGUAUUGCUUUUUUGUGUAAAAUCAGAUAUUUUAAAUGUAUUUCUUAUGAGGUUGUUUUAAAAAAAACCUGAUUUACCCUGCAGACAGCACUUUACAUCAUUGUAACAAAACACCUUCUGGCCAAUCAGAGUUUAGGGUUCAACAAUGCAAAUGUAUGAUUUACUUGUUUUUUGUGUGUGUGUGUGCCUUGUUAUCUAUAUUUACUGACAUUUACAUCAUUUAGCUUUUUUAUGUUUUAAGUUGGAGCAACCUUUGGAAGAGAAAACAGCAUGUUAUUUUUUUAUAUAACAUGCUACAAUCAGACAGCAUUUUAUGCCAGACCGGACCUGUGGCACCAAAAGGCAUUCUAACCCUGGAUCCCAGUGAUAGUGGCAAGCAUCAUUUACUAUAUAUACACACUAUAACACAAAAAAACAACAGAGCUUUUCAUUUAUGCUCUUUUUAUGCCCUAUUGUAACAGCAAAUCUACAAACAAUAAGCAAGAAAGCUGGUCAUAUAAAACAAGCUUUGUGUUAUUUCUAAUGAAGAACCUGUAAAAUCACUGCUUUCUGUUUACUUGCAUGUGUACAUACCUUUUCAAAGUUAGAUUUGUACACACUCCCAUCAUUUGCCUAGUUGCUCAUAGGAUUUUAUCAAGUAAUAAAUAAGCCUUAUUAUUUUUAUUAUUUAUAUAUACUUUUGACACCUUGUUACCUUGUUGUAUUGGAUCUCCUUUGUUCAUAUCAGUUCAUUUCAAACAAAAGUUGCAGUAUUUGAUGUGCAAAGUUUUUUGACAACUUGAAAUGGGGACCUAACUGACUGUACAAUUUACAAUGCAUUGCUUUUUUAAGACCUACCAAACCGUCAACAUCCAUGUCACACUUGAACAAUGCUUGUAAUUCUUUAUAUGACACAAUUAUACUCAAUUAAAUGUAAUUAAAAAAACAAUAAA